AUGGUUCAUAAUAUUAAUGAAGUUAUUCCUGAUACCUUUACAGUGGAGGAUGCAGUGGAGGCCAUUGGCUUUGGAAAGUUUCAGUGGAAGCUUUCUAUCCUUACUGGACUGUCAUGGAUGGCGGACGCCAUGGAGAUGAUGAUCCUGAGCAUCAUAUCCCCUCAGUUGCACUGUGAGUGGAUGCUGCCCAGUUGGAAGGUGGCUAUGCUAACAUCGGUGGUGUUCAUUGGGAUGAUGUUCAGCUCGACUCUAUGGGGAAAUAUAUCUGACAAGUACGGCAGAAAAGUAGGCCUGACGAUGUGUAUGAUGUGGGUCCUAUACUACGGCUUCCUCAGUGCCUUUUCCCCGGCGUAUGGCUGGGUCAUGGUGCUGCGCGGCCUGGUGGGCUUUGGCAUCGGAGGAGCCCCACAGUCGGUGACGUUGUACUCUGAGUUCCUCCCAAGGAAGUCAAGGGCCACCUGCGUUAUGCUGAUUGAGAUAUUCUGGGCCAUAGGCGCUGUGUUUGAGGUCCUUCUGGCCAUCUGGAUCAUGCCUACCAUGGGCUGGCGGUGGCUGCUUGGCCUGUCUACUGCACCCCUGGUGGUCUUUGUUACCUUCUGUUUUUGGCUGCCUGAGAGCCCCCGCUUUGAUGUGCUUUCGGGAAACAUGGAAAAUGCUAUGAAAACGUUAAGACUCAUCGCUGCUGACAAUGGGAAGACCAUGCCUCUUGGGAAGCUUAUUGCCAAUAAACAGGAGGAGCGUGGUAGGAUCCGAGAUCUCUUAACUCCUCAAUAUCGCAGAACCACUCUUCUCCUGUGGUUUAUAUGGUUUGCCAAUGCCUUCUCCUACUAUGGCCUGGUCCUCCUGACCACUGAGCUAUUCCAGGCAGGAGACGCGUGUGGUGUCAUCACCAAAGGUGCAAAGACUGAGCCAAAGUGCAACCUGGAAUGCAAAUACUUGACGUUAGAUGACUACAAAGACCUACUCUGGACCACCUUAGCUGAAUUUCCAGGUCUUUUUUUGACAUUGUUUGUGAUCGAUCGGAUUGGCAGGAAGAAAAGCAUGGCAAUGUGUUUCCUGAUGUUCUCUGUGUGCAUUCUGCCCCUGUACGCUUGUGUUGGAAGGGUAGCUCUGACAGUCUUCAUCUUCAUUGCCAGAGCAUUCAUCACUGGGGGAUUCCAAGUUGCUUAUGUCUACACACCCGAGGUAUAUCCUACAGCCACCAGAGCUCUGGGCAUCGGGACCUGCAGUGGGAUGGCCAGGGGGGGUGCCCUUCUAACUCCCUUUGUGUCACAGGUGCUGCUCAAGAAGUCUGUGUACCUCACACUGUCUGUAUACUGCAUCCUUUGCCUGCUGGCCACAGGAGCGUCCAUGCUGUUGCCCAUUGAGACUACAGGCCUGGGCCUGCAGGAGUCUAGUCGAAUCACAGCCGGUCAGGAGGAGAUGAAAACAGGUCAGAUGUCAAAUGGCUCUGAGGCUUCACCAACGCACACCAGCUAUGGAUCAUCCUAUAACAGCUGA